AUGGGACGCGCGCCUACCAGCGGCUACUGCCACACCUGCCGGCGAAGACGAGUCAAGUGCGACAAGGGCCGCCCAGAGUGUGGUCGAUGUCUGAAGUCAGGUCACAGAUGCCAAGGGUACGAGCUGCCGCUCCGCAUGCAGAACUACACGGUCAGUGGAGAGAGCAGCGGCAGCCAGACCUUGGUACCUGUGACUACCGCGACAGAAGUUCCAACUUUUAGACCCAGGCCCAGGGUCGUCCCAGAGCUUCCCCUGUCCGCGUUCCGUAACAGCAUGGCGUUUUCACACCUGUUGGCAAACUAUCGGUGGGCCCCGUUCUGGAAGCCGCUGUUGCGGACGCAGAUAUCCGAGGGUUCGACGAAGGCCGACAAGGCUCAUUACACCGCUGGGCUGGCGACUGCCCUGGCGUACAUGGGUACUCUGAAGAAUGAGCCGAAAAUGGUUUCUGAUGGGUACGAGAAGAACGGGGAGGUCAUCAGGGCCCUCCAUUGGGCGCUCCUGGAAAGGUCGAAGCCUGAGAUGGCGCGUUGGGCGCUUACCAUUUUGGUUUUGUGCAUGUAUCAAUAUGCGGUGGAGACCGAACCAAACCUCCCACAUUAUCAUGGUGUGGUAAAGGUCAUCGAGUUCUGCGGGCCGGAGUACUUCCAACGUGAGCCAAUGUUGACCAUAUUCCGCCAGAUCAGAGCGCAACACUCGUGCAGCUCAUUCUUUCACAAAGAGCCCUCCUUCUUCGGACAGGAACGCUGGAAGACCACUCCAUGGGGACACAACCCAAAGACCAUGUACGACCGUCUCAUAGACAUGUACAUCGACUUGCCGGAGCUUGGUGCAUUGCUUGGUCCAUCAUCAUCCCCCUUGACCGAAGAUCGGAAGCUUGAAGCCGAAAUGAAGGCGAAGGGGCUUCUGUCCCGCUUGCACGACUGGAGGAGAGACUGGGAAGUCGCGAACCCCAAAGCCGCAACAGAGGUCUGGCUGCCUCUCGACACCGAGGACGUCAAGAUCCCCUGGGUCAAAAACCUCGUGACGAAAGCGCUAGAUGUUCAAACAGCAAACCAGGCGACCGACCUCCUCAUCUAUAACUCGACUCUGAUCUACGUCAUGCAGGCCCUGGCCAUUCUGCGCACUGGCAUUCGUGAACCUCAGCCGUUCCCAGCAGAACUGGACCCUGCUGUUGAGAAAACAGCGGAAGACCCCCUCUAUAUGCCACAAGAUUUGAAGUAUCAAUGGCAGCCGCUGCUGGAAACAUUGAGGAUCAUGCGCUUGGCACCAGGGCUACUUGCCGCCAGCAACAGCACUGUCAUGCUUGCUGUGUCGGUUAUUGGGAUUGUUUACAAUUAUAUCAAGGCGACUGAGGGCUUGGGUCGCAUCUUGCUGUCCACAAUGAACAAUCCUGAACAGUAUGAGGCUGCCGCUUCAGAGUUGAGGUUUUUCCAGCUGCCCCAGUAG